GGCACUCGCCGGUAGUCUUCGUCUGUUAAUGAGCUGGAAGAGCUCGGCUUUAGUUACGGAAACACCACUUCCGGCUGCCGAGCUAUGCUUAGUUCACGUCCUCUCUUUCCCUCCCUCCCAUCAAGGUUUCCUCACUUAUCCUUUACCUCCUUCUCGUCAGAUUUACUGUAAAAAAAAAAAAAAAAGUCGGCGUGCCACAAUACAGUAUUUAUUAUAGAAGCCAUUGGAAGGUUAGCAUUGUUCUUACAUAGUUUCAUGUAUAUAAAAUAACCUUCCAAACUAGACGUUGUGGCUAUUAGAAAGAAUGCAGCUCUGUGAAUACUUGAAUUAUAUUAAUUGGGGCAGAGGCAUCGCUUAUAGCUGAGUCUCUGCACUGGUUACAUAACAAGACAGAUGGUUAUAAUUUUCGUCUCGACAAUGCUCGAUGUAUAUCACUUAUGACUGACUAUACGCUACUGUAUGAUACGUUUGUCUCCAUAUUAAAAGGGAGCGCCAGUGGGGAUGCUAAAUGUGAUAUUGUCACAGUCUGCAGAGCGAAAAAAGCACUGUGAGUUCUAAACUGUGGCUUACUGUUCUAAUGAAACUGAGAGCAAGGAAUCCUCCCAGUUCAGCUUCAUCUUGGCUCAGCAGCUUUGUUGGUGUUAAAAGAGUGCGGCUACGUCUGCGUUUAGACAGGAGUGAUCACAAAAAGAACUGCUGGCAGCUAGUAGACUCAGAUUCAUGUGCGAAACAGACCUGCAAGCAAACUGUUGAUAUAAUGCACCCUUCACGAGUUGCUGUCCCCAUGAAUAGUUUUUCAACUUCAACUCAGAGACUCGAUAGUACUAAAAUGCAGUCUCAGAAAAUACCAGGAAGAAAGCGUGGCAGGCCGCCACUUCAUUCUACAGCUGUGAAAAUGGCGGUUCAGAACCUGUACUCAUCUUCAGAUUCCCUACCUGCUGUCAAAAUACCCAAGAAAAGAGGGAGAAAACCUGGCUUCAAGUUGAAGCCCCGAGCCUUGAUGAGUCCAUUAGCAAUCUCUCCUCCAAGAAGCACGCCUGAGCCAGACAUGAGCUCCAUUCCUCAGGAUGCAGCCACCAUUCCUAACUCCACUCUUCCACAAGCUCUCACUGUAUGCAUUUAUGUCAACAAACAAGCCAACAUGGGUCCGUACCUUGACAGGAAAAAAGUGCAACAACUUCCUGAUCAUUUUGGUCCUGAAAGACCUUCUGUAGUGCUACAACAGGCUGUACAGGCAUGUAUUGACUGCUCUUAUCAGCAAAAGGCUGUCUUCUCUCUCGUUCGGCAAGGUUAUGGAGGAGAAAUGGUUUCAGUUUCUGCAACCUUUGAUGGGCAGCAGCACCUUCUCAGCCUUCCUGUUGUGAACAGCAUCGGUUAUGUACUGCGUUUCCUGAAGAAGCUGUGUCACAGCCUGCUGUGCGAAAACCUCUUCAACAACCAACCCUUUCCACAGUACACCAGCACCUCUCACAGUCCACAGGAGUAUGAGAACUGCAGGACAGAGGCAGCCUCUAGCCCAUCACCAGAAAGACCAGAGACGGCACGGCCAUCAAGCAAAGAUCCUUCGACCUGGACUGUAGAGGAUGUGGUAUGGUUCGUGAAGGAUGCUGACCCACUGGCAUUAGGACCUCAUGUAGAGCUCUUCAGGAAGCAUGAGAUUGAUGGAAAUGCUUUGCUUCUGCUGAAGAGUGACAUGAUCAUGAAGUAUUUGGGUCUGAAGCUGGGUCCGGCUCUGAAACUCUGUUAUCACAUCGAUAAACUAAAGCAGGCAAAAUUCUAACUCUGCUGAAAACUUUAUGGAACAAGAAGCAUUAUACUGCCAUCAGGCAAAUGGAAAAUUAAUAUGAUGCCUUACUGAAGCGUAACAACUCUGAUGCUUUUCUGCCCUGCUCAUACAAGCAGAGUGCAGGUUUUUGUUUUUGUCUGUUGCAGUCUGCCAUCCUUUAUCCCCAUUUUACUCAGUGGUAUGGCAGAUUUUAUUUGUGUCAUUAUGCCUGCUGAUUUUUUAAUUUGUUUACUUUCCUAAUAUAGGUGUCCAUUAGCCAUUUUAGCAACUGAUCCAUUUUGGUGGGCACCCGCUUGUGACAUGUGAAUAUAUUUGCACUCCUGAUUGCACUGACAGUUACUUCAGCAUGUGGCUGGAUAAGGGUACAUUAUCAGAAAUUAAACUGAUGUUUUAUGUACAAUGUAUUGCAACUCUGGAGGUGUUCAUUUUGUAGCAUAUUCCGAAAAGUCAUUACUUGGAGACUGCAUUUACAAUGUAUAAAUGCUACUCAGCUGGUCAUAGAAAUCAUGGAGACGAGGAGGGUGCUGUGCUGAAGGUGCUGUCGUUUUGACCGGAUACAAUUUUAAAUAUGCUUCUGUCAAAGAGUUGAUUGUUGAGUUUGGUGACGUCAUUAAAUCACACUGUCUAAUUGUCAAACAAGUUUCUACAGCUGUAUCCAUUGAAAUAGUUGUUGCUAAUAUACAACUGCAUUGUCAUGUAAGCCUUGCAUUGUAUUGCAUUUUGUAAAGUCUGGGAAGGUUGUACAUAUGAGAAAUUUUGUUUUUUUUCAGAUUUCUUCAAUUCUUUUGGCAGAACUUGAAAUCAGUAAUUAAGAAGAGGCCAAGAGAUCAUCUUAGUUCCUACUCCUGGUUAUUAAACUUUGAAGCCAUUUAGAAAUGAAUAACCAUUUAAGAAUAAUUAUUUUCAAAUGCUUUCAACUUUAUACACAGUAUAUAAUUCAUACAGUUUGAGUAUAAGAACAGUAACUUGUAAAUUGUUAUGAAUCACUCCAGGCAGUAAUUACAUAUCCCUGUACCUCGAAUACCAGAUCAUUAUGAGUCAUAAUUUAACAGGUAGCAAUUUUAAAUAUGCAAAAUGUCAAUUUUCAUUUCAAGGUAAAUUUGACAGGAGAACCUUAUUUUUUUCUGAAAGUAAAGCACAAGCCAUACAAGAUUUGUGAAUUUUUCUGCCCACGCUAAAAAAUUUCUAUGGCAAGUAUUCACUCAGCUUUUUAAGUGUGUUGGUAUGGACUGGUGACUCAAAGCAAGGAGGAUGCAGGAUACAAUGGAGAAGAUUAACUGGAAUGGGUUUGGGGCUAUAUUAUGACAAGGUCAACUUUGAACUUGGUUAUAGUUUUACCACAACAAGUAGUUAUACACAACUGCAUUUGCAGAUAGCCUUACAGCACUAGUCUUCCUCUUCAGAAUGCAUGCCAGGGUUACUUUGAGAAAGAGAGUUUGUUUCAGAGAUAUGAGGUGGUUGUAACCACUUAAUUUGACAGUGUAUAUCUCACAUCUGAAUGUGAGCAAAUAAAAAGCAAUGAUCACAGUAAUGUAUUUUAGCUUGUUUCACUCAAGCAUACAGAAAACUGCCAAGUCAAAUCAAUGACUAUUUAGCUGUGAUCAAACAACAUCAACAUAUGUCAUUUGUUUUCAUUCACAGAUUGUAUCUUCACCCAAAAAUAUAUCUAGUUUAUUGAAUGUGUACAUCUUAAAUGCCUGAUUGUAAUCAAAACAUAAUGACCAGACUAAUAUAGUUCAGCUUGCUUCACUCAA